AUGGACUUCAACUUCAAGCGGCUCCAGCUCUAUGAAGAACCCUUCUACAGCAUCAUACCCGGUAAAGGAUCCUAUCCUAUUGGCCAAGUUGUUUUACCCGUCACCUUUGGCACGCCUGCCAACUACCGUACGGAGCACCUCACCUUUGAGGUUGCCAACUUCAAGACCUCCUACCAUGCCAUCUUUGGUAGGCCCAUGCUGGUGAGGUUUAUGGCAAUCCUGAAUCACACCUAUCUCGUCCUCAAGAUGCUAGCUCCGAACAAUGUCCUCUCCAUCUACGGCGAUGUCGAAACUUCGUACAAGUGCGACAUGGAGGCAGUGCAGCUCGCUGAAGCCCUGGAGUACUCGGCCAACGCCACCGCCAUGCUCGCCGAGGCCCAAAAGGUGGACAAGAACCAGCUCAUGAUCCCGUAG